UUCGAAGUUAGCUUCCAGCAUAUGUUGGAGGCGCAGUCAUGGACUCUAUACGGUAUUGGCAUGUUUAUCAUUGCACUCCGGGCGUAUGCUCGAUGGUACAGAGUUCGAAGUUUCACCCUUCUAGCUCCAGAUGACUGGAUAAUGGUGACAGUGGUGCCCGCGCUUUAUACAGCGCUAGUGGUUUGUCUGAAUGUCAUUGUAACGGGUGGCGGAAGCAAUUUAUAUCUUCCUGAGGAAUUUGCUACAUUUACAGAGGCUGAUAUUGAGGGGCGGAUUAAGGGGUCAAAGAUUGUCGUUGUUUCUGAGCAGGCAAUGCUCAACGUCAUUUGGGCGUUGAAAUGCUGCAUGCUUUUUAUGUUUGCUCGAAUGACUGUCGGCACAAAAUACAGACCGUGGGUCACUUACUUGGCGAUCUACGUCGGCAUCGGAUGGGUUGCUAUCGAGGCGGCCUUCUUUACCUCUUGUCGCCCUUUUCGGGGAUACUGGGGAAUGCCACCCCCAGAUCCGCAAUGCACGACUCUACAGCAUUAUGCAAUUGUCCAAGCAGUGUUCAAUUUGAGCAGCGACGUCGGCAUGCUUUUAAUUCCGCUGCCAAUAGUCGUCUCUCUUUCGCUUCCCCUGAAGCAGAAAAUCGUGCUGGGUAUCGUCUUUAGCAUGGGUAUCUUCGUCAUCCUAGCAGCCAUCCUAACAAAAUUUUACAACCUCUCUGAUGUCUACGAUACAUCGUACAUGCUAUGGUAUACCCGCGAAGCCUCGGUCGCCGUCUACGUCGCCAAUCUCCCAGGUAUCUGGCCGCUUCUCCGCGAACGCAUCCACUUCCUCCGC